GGCCCGGGAGGAGGAGGCGGCGAGGAUGGCGGCGGCGUCGUGGACGCGGCGGAGAUGAGCGCCCGCGGCCCCAGGCCCAGGGCGGCGUGGCCGGAGUGGGCGGGGGUCCCGAUGCAGGCCCGAGGGGGGCCAUGGGGCAGGUCCUGCCGGUCUUCGCCCACUGCAAAGAAGCUCCGUCGACAGCUUCCUCUACCCCUGACUCUACAGAAGGAGGGAACGACGACUCGGAUUUUCGGGAGCUGCACACAGCCCGGGAAUUCUCGGAGGACGACGAGGAAGAAACCACGUCGCAGGACUGGGGCACCCCUCGGGAGCUGACCUUCUCCUACAUUGCCUUCGACGGAGUGGUGGGCUCCGGGGCGCGUCGGGAUUCAGCAGCCCGCCGCCCCCGGCCCCAGGGCCGCUCAGUCUCCGAACCGCGAGAGCCGCCCCCUCAGCCUGGCCUGGGCGACAGCUUGGAGAGCAUCCCCAGCCUGAGCCAAUCCCCGGAGCCCGGGCGCCGCGGUGACCCCGACGCUGCCCCGCCGGCCGAGCGCCCCUUGGAGGACCUGGGGCUUCAGCUGGACCAGCUGGCCUGGGCGGCCCGGGGAGCGGGGUCCGGGGAGGACUCUGCCACCAGUAGCUCCACCCCGCUGGAAGACGAGGAGCCCGACAGAUCGGAGGCUGGAGAGGCUGGGAAAGAACUGGACCUACAACUCGGAGUCGCUCAGUCCUCGCCGCACGAAGUCUUGACUCCACAGCCCAGCCCCGGCUCUGGGACCCCCCAGGCCCGUACCCCGUCCCCACCCGGAUCCCGGGAUUCGAACUGCUGGCCUGAUGAGCCCUCUCUGGACCAGAAGGAGGAAGAGCCGGGGGGGCAAUUGGAGCGGGAGCCAAUCACGGGGCAGAGCCUCGAUAGCACGGACCAAUCAGAAUUCACGUUGGAACCACACCUUCUAGUGGCGGACCUGCUGUACUGGAAGGACACGAGGACGUCAGGUGUGGUCUUCACCGGCCUCAUGGUCUCCCUGCUCUGCCUCCUGCACUUUAGCAUCGUGUCUGUGGUCGCCCAUGUGGCCCUGUUGCUGCUCUGUGGCACUAUCUCUCUCAGGGUUUACCGAAAAGUGCUUCAGGCCAUACACCGGGGGGACGGCACCAACCCCUUCCAGGCCUACCUGGAUGUUGACCUGACCCUGACUCAGGAGCAGAAGGAGCAUUUGUCCCAGCAGAUUGCAUCCCGAGUGGUCUCCGCGGCCACCCAGCUUCGGCAUUUCUUCCUGGUUGAAGACCUCGUGGACUCCUUCAAGCUGGCCCUUCUCUUCUACAUCCUGACCUGCGUGGGUGCCGUCUUCAAUGGUUUGACUCUUCUCAUUCUGGGAGUGAUCUGUUUAUUCACCGUCCCCCUGCUGUACCGGCAGCACCAGGCCCAGAUUGACCAGUAUGUGGGAUUGGUGACUAAUCAGUUGAGCCACAUCAAAGCUAAGAUCCGAGCUAAGAUCCCAGGGACCGGAGCCCUCGCCUCGGCAGCAGCCGCAGUCUCCGGAUCCAAAGCCAAAGCCGAAUGAAGGGGCUGUCUAUGCCCGCGGGACGCCUGCCCCCACCCACUGCAGCCCUCUGCUCCCCUCCAUCUCCCUUCCAUCCCCACCCUCUCCCCGCCUCGGCCGGAGCCAUUUCCCGGUGGGUGUCCAGAUCGCUCACGGCAGGAAGUUCGCGCAAAUUGCCUGAGCGGCCAGGACUACAUUUCCCACGAGGCUCUGCUCUAGGAGUCCAGGAAAGGCGAGGCACCUUGGCCGCGGGGCCUGCUGGGACUUGUAGUUGCCUAGAUAGGGCACCUGCUGUGCACUUCCGUGACCCGCCGCUGGAGGCGCCGUGAGGGGUUGGUGUCUCCCGGACGCCACUAGCCCCAACGCCAGGGCAUUGCAUGGGGCCCAGGGGAGGCCUGAGCUUGGAUUUACACUGUAAUAAAGACUCCUGUGGAAAAC